UCGGGGGAAGAACCGCUCAAGGCUUGCCCCAAAAUUUUCCAUUUAACAAAGUAAUCCACAAUUUUAGUACCGCCUAGCUAUUUUCCUGUCCUUCUAUCACUGAGGUAAUUCAUGAAAUCAAGGAUCAGAUAAUUUUUCGUGUCCAAAUUUGGCAGUCUCUGUCAGGGUCCAUAAUUUGUCGUAUCGCCAGCCUGGCGAGUCGUGAAAGAUAAUGGAGGAAUAUCGAAUGAAAUGUUUAGUCUAGUAACUACUUGCAAAUGUUAUUUUUCCAGGACAAAAGCCAUGUGAAAAGACUCGAAGAAAUCAAAGCCUGUAAUGAAUAAUUUACUGGCCUUAUUGUCCAUUUUACUGGUGGAAUGGCCUUUAACAAGAUCAGCGCUUUUGCAAGUUCCUAAAGGAUCAUUCAGAAGUAGAACACACCACCAAACUCUAAGGGACAAAAAACUAUCGGAGACAAACCCAUAUAAUUUUUAUGCACCAAGAACUAAUGCGAGGAACAACGACUGGAGUGAUCAAUAUUUCUCAAGGUCUCAAUAUAACUCAUACAGAAGGAAUGCUAAUCUUCUAAGUCUUUCGAGAAGAGCUGGUUCCCGAACGAACAAAAAAAUUCAAAGAGAAAGGGAACCACCCAACAAUUCUCAUUGGGCACAAAAAAACUCAUCAAAAAAACUGACACGAUCUUCGUUGACGACGAAAAGUCUACCGAGCACGGGAGGUGUACAAGACUCUCUCAGAGACAGAUCUACGGUCAAAAAAGCAACUUUGGCAAGUCCGCGAUGGACAAGGAGUCGGGGAGAACACAAAAAGAAGAAACAAUUUAUUGUAGCAAACUGGGGAGGGUUGGGUUUGGGAAACGGUUUAGGAGUAGGCCUAACAGGCACAACAACGGACAGUUAUGACACCGGUCUUAAUACGAGACUCGGGACAGCUGCGUAUGGAACGGGUCUAAGUGCAAGUUAUUCCAACGACUAUGGUGCCGGCCUCGGCACAUUGCUGGCUACUGGUUACGGGACGGGUGGCGCAAACGUUUUGGGUUCAAAUGCAGUCUUGGACCCUAGACACAACUUUGGCUCAAACUACGGUGGCGCUACAACAAGCAAUGGGCAAAGUCAAACAGCAUUAAGUGAUCUGUCAUCCACUACCCUAAACUCUUUGUCUUCACCACAAGCCGGUGGAGUCAACUCCCUUCUGUCAAACUUAGGGGAAACAGGAGGGGUAUCAGACUUGAGCUCAAUGAACUCGCUCAGCUCCUACCAAAAUAACGGUUUGGACAUGUUGGGAAAUACAGGAAACACAGCCUCAACUGGUUUAGAUAAUUUUAACUCACUAUCAGGGGAACUCUCACAAAGCCAACAGCUCGGGGACGGAAGUGAAAAUUUAUUGAACUCUCUUGAAGAGAAGCUUAACAUGGGUGCCGGAGGGAGGCAGGGAAUUGGUGCAAUGGAUCUUGGUAUGGACGAACUUGGUGGUAAUGGCAUGUCUGAUAGUUCCCUGCAGCAGCUCCUGGGGCAAAUCAUGGCCGGCGGGGGAGGAGGUGGGGGAGGUGGUGGCGGCGGCGGCGGCGGAGGAAGAAUGGCUGGUGGUGGCGGACGCAUGAGCAACAGCAAUGACAACAUGGGAGGGGACAUGGGAAACCUUGAUCUUGGAUCACUGGGGCUUAACCUUGGGAUGGGGAACGGAAUGGGAAGCAAAAUGGGAGGGAACGGGAUGGGAAACGGGAUGGGAAAUGGGAUGGGAAACGGGAUGGAUAACGGGGUCGAAGGACUGGGAGGAAUGGGAAGCAUGGGAAAUAGUAUGAGCAGUGAUAUGGGUAAUAUGGGAAAUGGGAUGGGAAUGGGAAUGGGAAUAGGUGCAAUGGGACACGGGAUGAAAAUAGGAGGAAUGGGGCAUGCUGCAGGGGCCAUGGGUAGCCAGGAUGACACUAAUUCCGAGUUAGAGGAUUCACAGCCUUCUGAUGCACCUGAUGAGCAGAGUUUACCUAAUUACAUGCAGCGCCCGUUGGCCAUCGCACCUAUCGUCCCUGGACAAACGGUGCAUGCACAUGCCAGUGACAAGCCCAAGCGACCAAGCUAUUCAACAGCUUUGUACUCUCCAUCAGAAAUGGCUUUGAAGGUUCAAUUAAAGGCCAAUAAGGAACAUCAAAAGAAACUUAAGGAUUUGAAAGUGAAAUUAAGAAGGUUACGAGCGAAGUUACGGAAACUCAAGGCUGAGUAUAAGUAUUCUGAGGACGAAGAGGAAUCUGAAAAAUCGGAGAUGUCCACACUUCAAGAUUUAAAGAGGGCGACCGAACAGGCCAUUAGGGAAUUACAGAUUGAAGCUGCUAAAGCGAGUAAAAGAAAAGGUGUCAAAAAAUUAAUUUUCAUUCACAAAUUCCCCGAAUCGGAUGGAAACAAAUCCAGCAAGUCGAACAGCCUUGAGGACCUGGGUACCGACUUACUCGCGCUUAUCGAGUCAAAUAAACCGUCUCCUCCACCUAGUGCCUCGUCUCUAAGCCCAAAACCGGCUUCUCCGUCUACCCAGGCCGCUCAAAAGAAGGAGCCGGUGGAAGAUGACACACCCUCACUUACAGCACUUGAAAAACAGGCAGAAAUGGAAGUAAAUUUUCUUUCAAAGAAAAAGGAGAAAGGUAAGCCAAAAGCAUCAAAUCCAGGAUUUAAAAUAACAAUUCCAGAAGCAGCUGAUAUCACAGCAAACCAAACUACAGCGCCACAGUUCAAUUUGCCAGUAAAACCACAGCUUAUAAAAACGGCUGGAGGUCAGCAGUUGCUUAAUCCUCUUCAGCUCAACAACCUUGCCCAAAUACUACCAGAGCCUAUUGAUAAUACAAGAGCAAGAAAAUUUGAGCCACCACGGCCACAAAGUUUAUUAGCCAAGAAAAUACAUGCUCCUGGAUAUUUUAGCAUUGGCUGUUGGAGGGAUCAACCAGAAAGAGCUCUGCCAAGUUUAGAGGGGAUAUUUCCUAUGUUGGAUGGAAAUGAUUACAAAUUCAGAAAAUUUGCCAUUAAGAAGUGUGCAACCAUAGCAAAAGUUCAAGGAUUUCCAGCCUUUGCAAUUGAAAAUGGAGGACAGUGUCUAGGUGGAAAAGAUAUUCUCCAGACAUAUAACAUGUAUGGAGCCUCAAGAGCAUGUAAGGUGGAUGGGAGAGGGGGACCUUGGAGUAUGGAAGUGUACAAGUUUACAAAACCUCCCUCAUCUCGUCGAGGAGGAAUAGCUCAUCUACAAAAAGUAACACGUUUAUUGAGGAGGAAACUCUGAGCAAUAGACAUAAACCUUCCAGAGAGGCUAACCUGACAAAAUUAGACACACAACGAGUAAUUAAAUUGUAAGAUCAGUUAAAGGACCCUCUUAGAAAUACUAAUGCAGCAUUGGGUGUAGAUGGACAUGGGAAUUAUCAUAAUCUUAAGUCAGCACAAAGAUUGGAUCACAGUAAAAUUUCUUGACUUGUGAUGGUUUUUAUCAAUGCCAAUUUCAUAAAUUAAUUUCCUCCAUUGAACUGCCUAAAUUUAAUUUAAUUUUUGCUCACAUCAAGCAGUAAUAAACUGCAGUCCUAGGAUAUCAACACAAAUGCUUCAUACUUGGAACUAUAGAGAUGAAAAUAUUUACUUGAAUCAUGGAUGAUGUUAUCUUUACUUUUUUUUUUUGUAACAAAAAUAUAAUUAACCUUAUUCAACCGAAAGGCAUCAUUAAAAGAUGAACACAGAUUAUUUUUGAAUGUAUUUACACUUACAUUUGCAUAUCAAACCCACAUGAAAUGUCCAUAAAAGCCAAA